GGCAGUGCCCAGACUCUUCCAAGGAACUGACAUAGCCAUCACAGUCUACUCUACUCCCACCACCCACCACACACCACACAUUUCUACCUUCUUACCUUCCUAGCUCCGAUCCACGCGGGCAAUUACUCCAUUGGCCUACCAUUACUCGUACAUUACCCACCACAGCCUCGGCCAUACCACAUCACUCUCCACUCAAUCACAUCAAUCAACUACCUCCAACUCCCCCCCAGCUCGCAUCGCAUCGCCGAGGAGCGCAAGCGCUUGCGAAAAACCCGCUCUCUCCAACCCCAACCACCGACGCCGACGCCGAUACCGAAGCAACACAAGAAACGAAAAGACCUCACGAGACAAUCCCCGACGCCGCACUCACAACCACCAACAAACCAAACAACCCCCUCGGCCUCGCCAAUGCGAUGCCCGCAUGCACGUCUGACCUCGCCACCACAUCCCCGACCACUCCUCCCCACGCGCACGCGCAGCUCGACACGCCCCGCGCCUGCACGCGGGUAGCUGCAGCAGCAUCACAGCCAGCCAGGCAGAGGCAAGCAACGCACACGGCGGCGGUACGACAGCGACGACGGACGACGCGCGUGACGGGUCCGGGUCCAGCGACCGCACGAGAGCAGGGAAUCUGAGAGGCUGAGAGCCGAGAGAGAGAGCAGGGCCGAGAAAAGGGCACGGCGGAAUUGCGAACGGAUAGGACGGACGGGCUUACGAGCUGUACGAGCAGAGUGUAGACGUGGCCGGCACGCUCACACACGAAGGAGGCGCAUACAGAGGCUUAUGCUGCGUAACCCUGUCUGAACGACACGGGCCAAGCGAGACGAGACGGACGAGACGAGAGGAGACGGUCAGCGAAAGGCCGCGGCAACGUGUUGGACGCGGGCCAGGACCGGCUGGGUGCAGCGCACGAGCUUCAGCUACACUGCGCGGUGUACGACGAGUGAAAUUUAUUUUUCGCGAAAGGUGUCUGUCUGCUGCCACGGCACGAGACGGCUCGGGAAGAGGAUAGGCGCACGACGGUUUCUCCGGAGACGGCGUAGAGAAGUGGACGUACUGAUUGCCCUUGCGUUGUGGGGUGUGACGAUUUUUUUGUUUCGGCGCUGAGAAGGGAAAAGGGAGAAUUGGGGUGUGAUUUAAGACAUUGGAUACCCGGCGACAGGACGAUAGCUACGGAGUAGCGACAAGACGUGAAGAUGCCGGGACAUGAGAGCGAGAUUGUGGACGAUUCGUCUGAUGUCGCGUCUGAGAAUGAGUAUGAUGCGAGAGAGGAGCAUGAUGAGGGAGCGGCGGAGGGUGCGGCGCAGAAUGGAGUUGGUGAGGGGAGGGAAACCAAGAAGCCGAAAUUGGAUCCCAAGGAUCCGUUGAGGCCGAGGAGGAAGAAGGCGAGGAGGGCAUGUUUUGCAUGUCAGAGAGCACAUCUUACUUGUGGCGACGAGAGACCGUGUCAACGCUGUAUCAAGCGCAAUCUCGCAGAUGCAUGCCAAGACGGCGUCAGGAAGAAGGCAAAAUACCUUCACGAUGCUCCGCCAGAGGCACUACGACCAGUGCUUGGCCCUAACUACAACGCCGGGCGCAAUGGGCGAACACCGAGCCAGGCGCCAACUACUGCGGCGUCUGAUUCUUCACCUGGUGUAGGCGGAUUCUUCCCGCAAGUCACCACAUCGCCGACGUACACUAUGCCAUUCCAGCAGAUCCGCCACCCGCAAAUGGCGCCUCCGAUGCCAGACGCGAUGCCGUUCAUGACGAACCCCUCGCCUCUCUCCCCCAGCUUCGCCGGAAACCAGCAGCUCCAAGGCCUAGGCAACUCCAUGACCCCCGCCAAAAUCGAGAUGCAAGAAACCAACCCCUUCGCAAACGCGCUCUUCGACCCUAGCAACCCCGCGCUCUUCAACUUCGACCUCGAUUCCCUCAACUUCGGCAACCACUACGGCGCCAUGGAAUUCAGCAUGCUGAACCACAUGUCCUCCGGCGCCGCCGAGACGCCUCCCCAAGACCAACCAGGCUCCUCCCACGGCGGCUCCUUCGACGCAGGAAACAUGUACAACAACGCCACCGUGCAGUAUAACCAGCUCUACCCCCAGCAGCGCGACGCCAUGCUCUCCGACUACGGCAGUCUCACGCGCCAGGACUCGAGCGGGAACAUCUACAACCUCCCCGCAUCACACCACCUCCCGCGUGCCUUCGCCAUCGAAACCGGGCCCAUGAGCAACGCGAGUCCGAGCACCGACGCGAACGCGUCACCGCAGCAAUCUUCCCUGAUCUUCGAUACGAGCCCAAAAACCGCGUUCACGCAAUCUGCUACCCCCCGGACUGCUAAGCGAGAUGCGCCGCAGAAGCCAGUGCCGAAAUUCCAGAGCGUUAUGGCGCCGACGAAACGCGGGAGAGAUCCGUCAUCUAUAUACACCUCCGUCACAGAGCCGUACUCCUACACCACCGGCUUCCACGCCCUCACGGCCUUCAUCCAGCGCCGCUUCUCCGCCAACGCGACCCUUCGCAUCGCCAAGUCGCUCGGCUCCAUUCGUCCGUCAUUCAUCAGCUGCACGAAGACGCUGAAUCGCGAGGAUCUCAUCUUCAUGGAGAAGUGCUUCCAGCGCACGCUCUUCGAGUACGAGGAUUUCAUGCGCGAUUGCUCCACCCCGACCCUCGUGUGUAGGCGCAGUGGAGAGGUGGCGGCGGUGAAUAAGGAGUUUAGCCUCCUCACGGGGUGGGGGAAGAAUGUCCUGAUGGGGAGGGAGAAGAAUGAGAAUGUCAACCGUGGACAUUCUGGGGAUGCGAGUGCGGGGAGCUCCCAGGGGGGACGAAGCGGGAUGGCGACGCCGAGGGCGACGAGGCCGGCGGCGAUGGAUGUACAGCCUGGUCGGCCGACGUAUGUGCUGCUCGCUGAGCUGAUGGAUGAUGAUUCUGUCGUAGAAUUCUAUGAAGAUUUCGCGCGACUGGCGUUUGGAGACUCGAGAGGGAGCGUGAGGAGGAAGUGUAAGUUGUUGAAGUAUCAGACGAAGGAGGGGGGGGAGGGGGUGGGUAGCGGGGAGGGGCCGAGGGAGGAGAGGCCCGUGGGGGAGAGGGUUAGUAGGAUUGAUGGGGAGUGGGGGAUUGGGAGGCUGGAGAAGGAUGGGAAGCUGGAUUGCAGUUAUUGUUGGACGGUUAAGAGGGAUGUGUUUGAUAUCCCUAUGUUGAUUGUUAUGAACUUCCUCCCAUGCAUCUAAUCCACCUCACCACCACAACAACCACUACCCCCACGCUCACCAACACACCCCCGGCACGCAUCACACCCACCCGUGCUUCACCUCCGGCCCGGCCCGCUCAGAAAGCGGGAAUCCGCAUAGUCGCACCUGACGACGACACCGGCCAUCAGCAUAAUAAAAGCUGCACGCACGCAGCACAGCGCAGCGCUACGCAUAUAAGUAGCGCGCAGCGUGUGGGGGGUGGGGUGGGGAGUAGGGCCGUGGCACGCGAAUAUGCGGCCUCGCGAGGCGGCCAUGGCGUGCGCGAAUUCGCGGGCGAUAUAUAGAGACGACUGCCGCGAUCGCGGUCUAUACACAGCAUUGCGCCGCAUUUUGCAUUACUUGUCUUUCGUUGGUUUUCUUUUCGAAGUUUUCUUGUUUCUUUGGUAAUUAUAAGGAUGCAUUGGAAGUGGGAGAAGAGAUAAAUGUAAUUGGAAUUGGCAUUAGGAAUUAGGUAUCUUGGGGUCUUGGGUGGGGGAUGGAAACAUGGUUCAUCUCUCCCUCUACUACUAUAUCCACUCUCGUUAUAACGGGGUGGCAGGAGGGAGGGAGGUGGAAGGUUAUUUAAAAGUUUGGGGGUAUAACAUCAUUGGCUCUCUACGCUGGGAGGGACGACGGGUGGACAGACACGGGACGGGGGAAUUCAAGAUAGUCGAGGGCGAGAGAGACGAGAAGAACUAGUACAGGACGAGGAAGGAUAGGGUGGUGAUUAGUGUAUGGAAUCAAUUACAUUCUAGAAC